AUGACUAUCGAUACCGGGUAUUCGGUGUCACACCUGGAGUCUUUGCAGGAUAAGGAACGAACAUGUCAGCGUUCCGUGGACGAGGGUACGCGCGCUCCCGGAGACCUCCAGGACCUCACCGCAAAUCAAGUGGAUUGCAAGGACUCUUCUUCGCUUGAAUCGUCAGCGAACGAGUGCUUCGUUUGCUGCCGCGAAAUCAAAGUCUUCGCGGUCGGUUUGUGUGAUCACCCCGUGUGUCACAUUUGCUCGACAAGACUCCGUGUACUAUGCGAGACCAACGAAUGCCCGGUUUGCCGCGCCGACAUAGAUGAAGUGUUCUUCGUGGCUGGAAUUUCCACCUUCGAAGAUUUGAGAAAUAAGGAAAUGCACUCGAAGGCGGAGGAAUUCGGCAUAUCGUUCGAGACAGAAGAAAUUUCUUCAGAAUACAGCGAACUCCUGACCAACAAGUGCUAUGAAUGUGUACGACGAGCAAACAUAUCUGAACGCAGUGGAGAACGUAGUCAUCCCCCGGCGUGUUAUGGAAAUUUCGACGCUCUUCGGGAUCACGUACAGCGCGACCAUAAGAGAUAUUUUUGUGACCUCUGUGUAGAACACCUCAAGCUCUUCACAUUCGAACGACAAGCAUACUCCAAGAGCGACUUGCGACGACAUCUGCGAGAAGGAGACCUCAACGACAAGUCUCAUAAGGGCCAUCCUCGUUGUGACUUCUGUGAUAUCCAUUAUCUCGAUAAAGAUGAGCUGUACAAACAUCUGAAAGUCGAUCAUUUUUCGUGCUUCAUCUGCCAGCGGGAUAAUGCCGCGUGUCGCUUGCAACAAUACUAUGCGGCAUACGAAGACCUGCAUCAGCAUUUCUUGAGAGAUCAUUUCGUAUGCGAUCAAGGAGAAUGCGCAACGGAGCGUUUUGUGGCUUUCGAGACGAAGCUCGAAUAUAAGGCGCACGUGGCCACCAAACAUUCGGACUCGCUUAGCCGAGAUGAACAGCGAGCCGCGCGGAGUUUGGUCGAAGACUUCGCGAUGUCUCCACCUGCAAGAGACACGUUCAGAGGGGAUAAUUCCGGCGUUGGAGCUCGACGAGGGAACAGAGAUAAUCACAGAGACCGUUUGACAUCUGGCAGAGGGAGAGGACGGCGACCCUCACUUGAGCGGAUCGCCGAUCAAGAGGACGGAGCCCGGUCAGUUCAGCCUGUGGACACGACGUCCACCGCCGACUUUCCGAGUUUAUCUGGAAACCCUUCGAUCAGCCGCCCCUUGAUACCCACACCGAGGUACUCUGCGAAAAUGAAUUCGCCGAUGAAUUCCGCAGACGAGUUUCCUUCAUUAGGUGAAUCUGUGGACUCCACCCCAUCGACAUCACAUACGUGGUUCAAGCCGAUCGUCAGGGAGAAAUCGAAAGCUGGACGCCCCAUUCAGAAGACGGCCCUCACAGCCUUGUCUGGUACUCAAUAUAAGGCUCCGCAUGCCCCGGUCCAAUGUUCUAAAAUAACGUCGGAGACAUUCCCGAGCCUCCCGCAGCCGGUCGGUGAUUCGGAUUUCGGUAAAGUUUUGAAACCUCUUCCGGUCGGCAAGAAACACGCUAAGGAGCGCCAAGCUAAGGCUAUUCGGACGAAGACACCGAUGGGCGUUUCCACGAGCGUUGGUAUGAACUCUUCGUCCUCGAAGAAGCAACAGAGUUUCGCCCCGACCAAUCAUUCGAAUUCGAAAACUCCAGCAGCUUUCAGACUGACCGAUGUCUCGAGGAGUCGUCUCGAAAGUGGUGUGAAUCGCUUGAACAUCGCGAAUACACAUACGUCUCCAUCGGAUCUCGAUCUCAAGUCCCCAAGUGCUUCGUGGGCGGCAAACACGGACCCAGGACCCGAGCAACAGGUGCAACAGCUCCGGAGUGAGAAAAAGGCCAGACAAAAACUUCCAAGAGAAGAGGAUUUCCCGUCACUCGGUCCCGCCGAGCCGGAGCCUGCGGAGCCCGGCAAUUUCUUCCGGCCACCGAGGUCCAAGUAUAGAGGAAUCAGGCCUGGAGAGCAAGGCCAAGAAAAUCGCUCAAACGAUGACUUCAUCCAGCCACCAAACUUCACAAAGAGGACGACUGAAUUCCUGGGAUUGCUCAAGCUUCUGCUGAAUGGUAACGCCGAACACGUGACCGAAUAUCGACUCUUGAUGACGAAUUUCCGUAAGGGCCUAAUCUCCGGCGAGGAAUUCGUACACGGCUGCCUGCAGUUAUUCGGCGACAGCUGCGAGUUUACGAAAGUGUUCGUCGAGUUGGUAUGCCUCAUUCCCGAUAUUGAGAAGCAAAACGAGCUGAUAGAGCUAUACGAUAAUCUGAAAACGGAAUACGGCAUGCAAAAGAAAACGAACGGCCGAGAUUGGACGCGCUGUUCUGAAUGUGGUCAGAUCACGAUCCCCGAGGACGCACAAGCUCACCAGAAGGCACAUUGA